CAAGCGCCAGAGUGGAAGGUAGCCGUCAAAAGCCCAGUCCCGGGCUGAGAGGCAUCCGCAGAGGCGGAGGUCCUGCCGGCUGGCGCCAGGAUGGACUCGCGGGUGUCCGAGCUGUUUGGGGGCUGCUGCCGGCCCGUGGGCAAUGGGGGUGCCCUGCGAGGCCGCGGCGGAGGCAGCGGCGGUGGUUCUUCCAAGGGGAAGAAGAAGAACGGGAGAUACCGAGGUGGCAAGGCCAACAACCCGCCCUACCUUCCUCCGGAGGCAGAAGAUGGGAACAUAGAAUACAAGCUGAAGUUAGUUAAUCCAUCUCAGUACCGCUUUGAACAUCUAGUAACGCAAAUGAAGUGGCGACUACAAGAAGGCCGUGGUGAGGCUGUGUACCAGAUUGGUGUAGAGGACAACGGGCUGCUUGUUGGACUGUCUGAAGAAGAAAUGCACGCCUCUCUUAAAACACUACGGCGGAUGGCCGAGAAAGUAGGAGCUGACAUUACUGUGCUUCGAGAAAGAGAAGUGGAUUAUGACAGUGACAUUCCCAGGAAGAUAACAGAAGUUCUUGUCCGAAAGGUCCCAGAUAACCAACAGUUUCUAGAUCUGCGAGUGGCUGUGCUUGGAAAUGUGGAUUCAGGCAAAUCAACCUUAUUAGGCGUCUUGACGCAAGGAGAACUGGAUAAUGGGCGAGGCCGAGCUCGACUCAAUCUCUUCCGGCACUUGCAUGAGAUCCAGUCAGGAAGAACAUCUAGCAUUAGCUUUGAAAUUCUUGGUUUCAACAGUAAGGGAGAGGUGGUGAACUACAGUGAUUCACGGACAGCUGAAGAAAUCUGCGAGAGCUCUUCCAAAAUGAUUACCUUCAUUGAUUUAGCUGGCCAUCACAAAUAUUUAAAAACCACCAUUUUUGGGCUUACAAGCUAUUGUCCAGAUUUUGCAAUGCUGGUGGUGAGUGCCAAUACUGGAAUUGCUGGUACGACACGGGAGCAUCUCGGCUUGGCGAUGGCCCUUAAGGUGCCUUUCUUCAUUGUCAUUAGCAAAGUGGACUUGUGCUCAAAGGCCACUGUGGAGCGAACAGUGAAACAGCUGGAGCGGAUUCUGAAGCAGCCUGGCUGCAACAAACUACCAUUGCUAGUAACCUCCGAUGAUGAUGCAGUUACAGCAGCGCAGCAGUUUGCACAAUCUCCCAAUAUCACUCCCAUCUUCACCUUGUCCAGUGUUUCUGGAGAGAACCUGGAUCUCCUGAGAGUAUUUCUCAAUAUCCUUCCUCCUCUGACAAACAGCAAAGAACAGGAAGAGCUGAUGCAACAACUCACUGAAUUCCAGGUGGAUGAAAUUUACACUGUGCCAGAGGUAGGCACAGUUGUUGGAGGAACGUUGUCAAGUGGGAUAUGCAAAGAGGGGGAGAAUUUGGUUGUUGGUCCAACAGAUGAUGGCAAGUUCCUUCAACUGAAAGUAUGCAGUAUCCAACGAAAUCGUUCAGCAUGUCGCGUUCUUCGAGCUGGGCAGGCUGCCACCUUAGCUCUUGGAUCCUUUGAUCGCUCACUGCUGCGCAAAGGCAUGGUGAUGGUCAGCCCAGAGAUGAACCCAACUAUCUGUUCAGUAUUUGAAGCUGAAAUUGUUCUACUGUUCCAUGCCACAACUUUCCGGAAAGGAUUCCAAGUAACAGCACAUGUUGGAAAUGUACGGCAAACAGCAAUUGUGGAAAACAUCCAUGGGAAGGACAAAUUGCGAACAGGAGAAAAGGCAGUGGUUCAUUUCAGAUUCAUUAAACAUCCUGAAUAUUUGAAGAUAGGAGCCAAACUAUUGUUUCGUGAAGGAGUUACCAAAGGUAUUGGACAUGUCACAUCCAUCCAGGCUAUCACCACUGGAGAAAAUGGCCUGGAACACAAUCUGUGCCCUGAUCCAGUCAGCUUCUGACUCACACCAGCAUUUCUCAGUGCUCCGAAUAAGGGAAAGAUCUCGUGCCAUUGUGCAGAGCCACUGUUGGCUAAUCAAUUUACAUAGGCACAUCUUUUCUGCACUGCAGAAGCCAGAGUUACCUACUGGACUGAGCACCCUUCCUGGAGCAAAUUAAGCUUGUUGUUUGUGCAUCACCUGCUACUUCCAUAUUCCUGCUUUUCCUGGAAUAGACAAGCAAACAGCUGCAUCUUUGACUAGGUUGGACAUCCUGCUUUUGUUGACCUUUGUGGGGGAAGUUAUUACCAGAGAGGGGCAUAACCAUAGUAAGUUGGACUGUAAUUUUGGGAUGCUGCUGCCUGGGAAACAACAGUGGAGGACUCGUUUGUGUUCAGAAGGAUAUUAGUGUUGUCCUAGUGCCUGGUUUUGCAGGCUUUCUAUGGCAGAUGAAUUGUUAUUAUUAGGAACUAGAGCUUAACGUUCUGUACUUCCCACAGUACGGCUCAGGAUGUUUCUAAUCAUUUUAAAUUAUUGUUGGUUUCACAUUAAGCCAGUAAUGAAGAGCCUCUCUUCUCCCUCCACCUUUGUGUGCAAAUCCUUACCAGCGCUUUAAAAAGAGAGGGGAGAAUACAGGAGGAAGAAAUCCCUCUAAUGCAGGGGUAGGUAACAAUUUCAUGACCAGAGCCAUGAAGUAGUGUUGUUGUUUUAAUGGGCACUCCUAUAACUACAGAAUCCAUAGCUGCUGAUGCAAUGAUAUUGCUAGGGUAGAUGGGUUGAAAUGUUCUGCCUAAACUGGAGAGGGGGUGGGGGUGGUGGAAGCUUUUAUGUAAAUGGAUACAUAUAAUUUCUCUGAGGCCUUAUGCAGCUAUACUCAUCACAAAAAAUGUUUUUUUUUUUAAAUGCCACUGAAAAUCAGUGGUUCUACCAAAUUUCACCAGCAUGAGCAAGUGAUGCAAUGGAAAGCUACAUGUGGGACACAGGCUGCCCAUCUGCUGCUCUAAAAUAGCCCUGACCUUAUGGCAACCACAGUUCUCCAGCUCAGUUCUUAAUAUUGUCAGAUUUCCCUGCCAUUUUGUUAGCCAUUUGUUCCUCAGCAAGUGCCCUACCUAAGCAACUUCUUCGAGCAGAUUGCCCCAGUAUAACAUCAGCCUGUUGCUUGUUUCUUGAAGUGAGUGGUGGCUGGCAAUUUUGAUUGCUGUCUCUUUCGAUAUUUAUAACUUUUCUGAGAUAUGGGUAUCCAGGUCCAACCUAUUCCUUGGGGCAAGAGUCUUUAUUGCCAAUGGUCAUACCAGUGAAGGCUACUCUAGCUGUUGCAAUAUUGGGAAGGUUCCUGCAAUUCUAAUUCUCCCAUUCAGCUUUGCUAUCGGCUAUCAUUUGUAUUAAACUAGUAUCUUUUGCAGAAAAUCAACUUUAUACCUAAGAUUAAAUCUAUGACUUAUUGAAAGUACAGCAGAAUUUUUGAAUUGGCCAUCUGAUAGAAUGGUCUCAGACACUGAAAGAUACCUUCAUUUUUUAUUAAGAUUUUUAAAGGUAGUGAUGUUAUUUUUAUUGUAUGUUUUAACCACUGUUGCAUCAAGGGCUCGAAUAAACGAGCCAACAUGGCCAGUAAAAUAUAUGACUUUUUAUCCUUCCACUCGAUUCCCCGUUCUGCUGUUUCAUCUCUGUUGUACAGAGAUUAGAUUAUUCAGAGCAACUGCUCUAUAACAUAUUACUGUUAAGUCUGCGUAUAUAGAAAGAUUUUUAUUUAAUAUAGCCUUUUAAGAAAAGCCUUUACUCACCUCCCUGGAUAAAAGAAAAUCCUUCCAAUACUCCAAUAAACAGUUGCUAAGUAUCAUGGCUAUUUGUUGACAAGCAGUUUUUCUUUUGAAGUUUUCCUUAAUUACACACAAGCAUUUUGAAAAACUGGCUUUCUAGAUACCUUCCGAGAGAUUUUAUUCUGUGGUAGGAAUAUGUGCUUUCUCUGCAGUUUACAGUGAUGGCUAAGUUAAUCCAUUGCAAAUGUAAACAUUCAAGGUGCUUUUUCUACCCUCAAGUCCAGGCGUUUCCUGAUCUCCUCCUUCCCUUCCCUUUUAUUAUGUGUGUAUGUUCCCAGUGCCAAGCCUUUCAUAUUCACUGUUUGUGAUUUCUUAAAAGGAGAGGGAUGUUUUCAUCUUUCUGUAUAAUUCACAAAAUAAAGAUGCUUUAUUGAGAAAA